AUUCUAUGGCGGAUUCCUUCAUUUUGAUUGAUUUUGAUUUUCCAGAUUUCCACGUGUAUAUUUAGUCUUGUAAGUUGUUUGUACGUUUCAUUGUGAUCUGUGCUCCGAUCCGAUUUUAAUCGUCUGUACAGCUGCCAGAUAUCGAAUUUCUACGAGAUGCCAGUUGCACAAAAUGAAGUCAAGUCUAGCUGGGCUGAUGAAGUUGAAGAAGAGGGAGGAGCAUUACCUCUGCCUUCAGAAGUCUAUGAGAAUGGUUUUAAAAUUUUCACCGAGUACAAGUACAAUCAAGAUAAUAAAAAAAUCAAGGUUGUCCGUGCUUAUAAGAUAGAACGACGUAUAGUGUCGAAAACGAUUGCGGCCCGUAAGAAUUGGGCAAAGUUUGGCGACUCUGGUGAUGACAGACCAGGACCUAAUCCAGCUACCACUGUUGGUGGUGAAGAUGUUUUCAUGCAAUUUAUAUCUAGUAAGGAGGAAGAGAAUAAAGUGGAAGAAGAUUCACUGGACAAAUUAAAAAGCAUGGGCGACAAGGGAGUCGUUAAAUGCCGUAAUUGUAACGGCGAUCACUGGACGUCUAAGUGUCCAUAUAAAGACACUGUCCUUGCUGGUGGAAAAGUACCAGAUGAUAAGAAACCUCUCGUUAAUACUGGAGUACCCGGUGCAAUGGCUGAACUUAAGCCACAGGGUGGCAAGUACGUGCCACCCGGUAUGCGCGACGGCGGCAACAAACGCGGCGACUCGAUGCAGAUGCAGAGACGCGACGACACGACUGCUAUACGUAUUUCCAAUCUCUCGCAAAGCACCACUGAUGCAGAUCUGGAUGAGCUUGUAAAACCAUUCGGUUCCGUAGUGAAACAGUUUCUCGCCAAAGAGAAGCUUUCUAAUCUCUGCAAGGGUUUUGCAUAUGUACAUUUCAAGCACAGAGCCGAUGCAGCGAGAGCAAUCGCCACUCUGGAUGGUUACGGUUAUGAUCAUCUAAUUCUGAGCGUGGAAUGGUCAAAGCCACAAGCUCAGAAUAAUUAAAGUGAUGCAAACGACAGUUGCGAAUAGGAAAGUGAAAUUACUUAAAAUAGGAAAGAUUUUUAUAACAAACGAACUGUAUUUAUGCAUAUAUCUAUAUAUGUUCUUAUGAUAUGAAGUUGAAAGACAAUAGAAAAAUUUGUAAACUUUUUCUAUACGGAUUCAUUUGUUAGGGAUAAAUAUUUCGAGACAAGUAAACAGAAAGAUAGUAAUAGUUAGUUAAAAACAUGCAAAACAAAAAGUCAUGUACAUACUAGUAGAGAUUAGAUAGACUAAAUAGAAAUUACAUUUUCUUUUUCAUUGGUAAGCGCUCUUUCAAUCUUCCAAACAACUUUCAUCAGCGAGAAACUAUAGAUUUUCUCUCACAGCGUUUAUAA